AUGACGGAAGAGCAGCUCGAUUCGGCGUUGGACUUGGUACGUCGCUUGCCGCCGCAGCAUUGCGAGGCAAACUUGGCGCGGCUCAUCGAGCUGCUUCCGGAACUGCAAGAAGACCUUCUUUCUUCCGUCGAUCAGCCGCUGAAAGUCGGAAUCGACAAGAAGCUCGGCAAAGAAUAUCUUCUCUGCGACUACAACCGCGAUGGUGAUUCAUAUAGAUCGCCUUGGAGCGGGCUGUACGACCCACCGUUGGAGGAAGGAGUGAUGCCGAGUGAGAACUUGCGGAAGUUGGAAAUCGCCUUAAAUGCUGCUUUCGAACACUACAGGGACAUGUACUUCGAAGGAGGCGUCAGCUCUGCGUACCUGUGGCAACUGGAGCACGGCUUUGCGGGAGUAAUUCUCUUAAAGAAGGUCGGCAGCGGAUCUUCCAUCAUCAAGGGCUGUUGGGAUUCUAUUCACGUCAUUGAAGUUCAGGUAACUAUCGAAGUCGUUGGACUUCGAUUUUGUUCUAAUAUGGAUAUAUGUACCAGUCAUCCGUCGUUCGACCGUUAA